UUUCGUCACUAGCCAGUAGCCACCUUUCCCAAAUCAAUUAAUAAAAUCACACAAAAUUAAACACCCCAAAUCCCUCCAAAAAUAGUAUUAGCACCAAAGAAUUUGAAGCGCUCUAUAAUUUUUCACAACACAUUUUAAAAUUCAAAUACCAAAAGAUAAGCCAAACCACCCUCUCUCUCUCUCUUAUUUCUCUCUCCUCAAUUCAGCGGCACCACCACCUUCUCUACCGCCUCUUUCUAGGGUUCCGUCGCCGAUUUCCACUUUCUAGGGUUUCUACUUCACUUCUUCUACUCUGCAAUUCCGAAUUGCUUCUUUCUGGGAUUGUUCUGUGAAUCGAUUGAUUUUUCAAUGUUUGAAUUAAGUGGGUUUAGAGAUUGUUCAAGGGGUUAUGUCGCAAGAUCUUGGUGAGUUUUGGGGAGGUUUUUGAUUUUUGUUUGGUUGUGGAGUGUUUUUGAAGUUGGUGGGAUUGAAUUGAAUUUGGGGUUGUUGUAAACCCUAAAUUUGUGGCGGUUUUGAAGAUAUGGUGAUUGAAACGAAUGGUAAUGGGAAUGGUAGUGUUCAUGGUAAUAGUAAUGGUAGUAAUAAGGUGAAUGGUUUUUUGCAUGGUUGUUCAAGUAGUAGUGGUGGUAGUGGAGAAGGGAGUUCGCUUCGGACUUACAAGCGUCGAAAAUGUGGGGCGUCGAAUUCGAAUUGCAAGGUUGUUGAUUUGGAGAAGAUCCCUUGUGCUACUUCUGCUCAAUUGGAUGAUAAGAUGGUAAAAGAAUUAGUGGACAUAGAUUUACAAAAAAAAUCUUGUGCUCAAGUGUGUGACCCCAAGAUAAACUGUCAAUCUAUUCUGAAUGGUUCAGAUGGUUGUUCUUAUCAACAUUGGAGAAAUGCUUUGGAAAAUAUCUGUCAAUCACUCUGUCCCACUGAGGGUGGAGGUGGUGGAAUAUCAAACUGCAUCAGAGAGGCACUUCUUAGUAAUCCUGGAAGUAGUCAUGCAAACAUUGCCAAGGAAACAGUUGACCAUCGUGAUAGCCAUGCCCAUUUACCGAGAGCUGGGCAAUCUAAUGGAGCUUCAACUGAAGCUAAAGGAUUUUCAUCUGUGAUAUCUAAUGGAGUUUCAAGUGAUAGCGAUCAAGUAAAUGUGACUAGGCAGUGUGAACGUGCUUUCCUCAGACUUGUGAUGUCAGGAAAGUUUGCUUCACUGUGCAAGAUGCUUACUGAAAAUCUUCAUGGGCUGAAAAUUGAAAAAGUUUUGGACUUUAGUCUUAUUAAUUCAAGGAUAAAAGAAGGUGCAUAUGAACAAACACCUAUGCUGUUCUCGUCAGAUAUCCAGCAGAUAUGGAGAAAGCUUCGGACAAUUGGCAAUGAAAUGGUUUCCCUUUCAAAUAAUAUGUCAGAGCUGUCAAGAGCCUGCUGUCGUGACCUGGGAGGAGCUGCUGUACUUGAUAACUCAAGUUACAAAGGACAAGAGUUAAAUGGCCGGGAUUAUGAUGUGCAAAUCAAGCAGGAGGAGUUAGAUGCUUCUGUGUUUUGUACAUGUAGACAGUGUGGAGAGAGGUCAGAUGGAAGAGAUUGCCUUGUGUGUGAUUCAUGUGAAGCAAUGUUCCAUGUUUCCUGUAUCAAGCCUGCUGUGAAGGAAAUUCCACACAAAAGUUGGUAUUGUGCCAAUUGCACUGCUAGUGGUAUGGCAUCUCCUCAUGAAGAUUGUGUUGUUUGUGAGAGAUUAAUUGCUAAUUCUGGUAUCAGUGGACUUGAUGCCAUUCCAUUGUCUGAAGAAGCACUGGAUGAUGUUAAAGAAAGUUCAGAUGAUAUCAUAGGAACUGGACCUCAAGUGUUCAAAGGAAACAAACGAUUGCCUUGUAAAAUAUGUGGAAGCAUACUAAAUAAUGGUGAAGAGUUCCGUGUGUGUGAACAUAGUGGUUGCGAAUACAAGUACUAUCAUACAAGGUGCUUGACAAACAAAGAGUUAAAAACGUAUGGUCCUCGUUGGUAUUGCCCUUCUUGUCUAUGUAGGGUUUGUCUUGUUGACAAGGAUGAUGAUAAUAUUGUGAUGUGUGAUGGAUGUGAUCAUGGCUACCAUAUCUAUUGUAUGGAUCCUCCGCGUACAUCAAUUCCCAGGGGCAAGUGGUUUUGCCCAAAAUGUGAUGUAGGGAUAAAGGCAGUACGCAAAGUCAAAAAGUUGUAUGAGGAUCUAGAACGGAAACAAUUGAAAGAUGAAGGGAAAAGGGUUACUGACGAUUCCUCUAAGAAAUCCAAACUGAAAUUUGAGGAUCCAGCGGGUGGAUCUGGAGGAAUGGAUAUGCUUUUAUCAGCUGCUAGAACACUUAAUGAUGAAGAAUCUACUGUGCAAGAGGGAUUGAGUUAAACUAUGAAAGAUGUCAAAGGCAUGAGGAUAAUUUUUCUUUUUUUUUUUUUUUUGUAUUCAUGUUGUAAUUUAGGGGCUUAAAUGCAAAAGUGGCCAUUUCCUGUGCUUGCACACUUUUGGCGAGCUGUCUUCGCUAUUGUGAGAUAAGACUGCAAGUUAGCUGAUUUUAAGAUCUGUCAUGGCUUUGCUUCAAGGGUUGUAUAUUUUUGACUGGUAGCUUGUAGAAGACUCUCUAAUACUUUGGCCAUUGGAUGAAAUGAGAUGGAUCUAGUGGCUUUAGUGUGAGAUUAAUGUAGGUGAUCUAACUGUCAUUUUUUUGUAAUUUGUAUCACACCAUUUCCAUGUAUUGAAACAUUUAGAUGAUAGGUUUUUUUUCCGACAUCUAGCUAAAAGCUGUUGUAAGAAGAGAUUGUGACACCUUUUUCUGUAAUCAAAUGGUAAAUCUGUUAAUUUUUUACUGCUAUUUUCCAA